AUGACCCUCCUUAGCCACAACGCUAUCCCCUCGGCUCUUUCGAAAGAGAAGCAGUUGAGCCUUCAAACACUCCUCUCCGGACCACCUACCGUGCUCGAGCGGAUGGUUAUCAUUGAUCUAGAAAUUACGGAGAAAGCGAUACUUGACGGAGUCUCUCAGCGACUAGAGGAGCAGGUGCGCUUUCUUCGCAACUGGGAGCGUUCAUGGCAAGAGUUGGAUAAGGAUCAGAACGUUGGUGGUGGCUCAACAUCUUGUAGAACACGUUCCACAAAUUAG